ACACUCGCAGCAGCAGUAGCAGCAGCAGCAGCAGCUCCCUCAGUCUUUAAGGACACACUCCUCUCCUCUCCUGCUCAUCACGUUCACCUGGAUUGUACGAGGGGCCGGCCGAGGACGAGACGGAGAAGAGAGAAGGGACACUUGCUGUCGCUGCAUUCACACAGAGGAUAACUCUUCAUCUGAGCUGGGAGGCUGAAGGAGAAGGAAGGAGGCCACUGCAGAGGCUAAAAGCUUCGCUGCAAUAGGCAGAGGAACAUGAGGUCCCGCAGCAACAGUCCUGAGGAUGUAGCCAAGGCCAAGCUGGCACAGCAGCACCAGCCGGACACACGCAAGCGCUCCGCAGAGCGAGAAGAGCCCUCAGGAAGAGCGGAGCGCCGCAGUCGACACCGGGAGCCGCCGGAUGACACAGGCACCAUUCAGAGGAACCAUAAAAGUGCCAAGAACAGCAGCGGUGCUGGUGGGACUGGGAGCUCCAGCAGCGCGGCGAAGGGCGGUCGCAGGGAGAAGGGCAGGGACCUUUCCCGGGAUGACCUCGUCUUCCUACUGAGCCUGCUGGAAGGAGAACUACAGGCCAGAGACGAAGUGAUCACAGUGCUGAAGGCAGAGAAAAUCGACUUGGCUCUGCUGGAGGCCAAAUAUGGUUUUGUGACGCCGCAUAAAGUCCUGCAGGCCCUGCAGAGAGAUGCCAUUCAGGGCAAGUCUGACGCCUUCCAGGAGGACAUCUAUGAGAAACCCAUGGUCGAGCUGGAUAAACUGGUGGAGAAGCAAAGGGAGACCCACCGACGGAUGCUGGAGCAGCUGCUGAUGGUGGAGCAGGCGCACAAACAGGCUCUCUACAAGCUGGAGGAUGAAAAGAGGAACCACGGAGAGUUCAUGAAGAAGAGCGAUGAGUUCACCAACCUGCUGGAGCAGGAACGGGAGAGGUUAAAGCUGUUGAUCGAUCAAGAAAAGACCUACCACGAACGAAAAGACCAAGACAGCAACAAAAAGGUCGCGAGUCUCAAGGAGGAACUGACGAAGCUCAAGUCGUUUGCGUUGAUGGUUGUGGAUGAACAGCAACGUCUCACUGAACAGCUGAAUCAACAAACGGCCAAAGUCCAAGAACUGACUGCCAGUUCUUCGCAGGCUCAGGAAGAGCUGGGCUCAGCUAAUGCUCGUCUGCAGGAAGAGGAGCAGAAAGUCUGUAGCUUGGAGGGUCAGCUGCGUGACCAAGCCAGUCGAUAUCAUCAGGAACAAGAGGCCAUGACUGCCAAACUGACCGGUGAGGAUGCCCAAAACAGACAGCUGCGCCAGAAGCUGUCGGCUCUCAGCAGGCAGCUCGACGAGCUGGGGGAAACCAACAAGACGCUACGCAGAGCCGAGGAGGAGCUGCAGGAGCUGAGGGACAAAAUCAGCCGUGGCGAGUGUGGAAACUCUAGCCUUGUGUCGGAGCUCGAAGAGUUACGGAAACGGGUGCUUGAGAUGGAGGGAAAAGACGAAGAGUUGGUCAGAAUGGAGGACCAUUGUAGGGACCUCAACAAGAAGCUGGAGAAAGAAGCCAACCAGAGCCGGUGUUUGAAAGCUGAAGUUGAUAAGCUCAAUCACAGGAUUAUGGACUUAGAAAAGCUAGAAGACUCGUUCAGCAAGAGCAAGCAAGAGUGCAACUCACUCAAGACUAAUUUAGAGAAGGAGAAGACGGUGUCAAAGGUUCUGAUUGGUGAGAUGGAGGUGUUGAAGGUCAGGGUCAAAGAACUGGAGGGUGCUGAAAGCCAACUGGGAAAGACAGAGCUGACACUGAAGGAAGAUCUGACCAAGCUAAAGACUCUGACAGUCAUGCUGGUGGAUGAAAGGAAGGCAAUGACAGAAAAGCUAAAGCAAAUGGAAAACAAAGUCCAGAACAGCACCGGCAAACUUCAGGCCGAACAAGACAAAGUCACGUCCGUCACAGAGAAACUAAUAGAGGAGAGCAAGAAAGCACUGAGGUCUAAAGCGGAGCUGGAGGAGAAAAUGUGCAGUGCCACAAAGGAUAGGGAUGAUUUAAAAGCCAAGCUGAGAACAGAAGAGGAGAAAAGUAAAGAUUUGGACUCAAAGCUGAACUUGAUGAAGAAACGGUUGCAAUCACUUGAGACUGUUGAAAGAGAAUACCUGAGAAGCAAAGCCAAAGAAGAGAACAUCAAAACACCUCCUGUUCACCGCUUCCAGCAGGAAGACAACAAAGUCAAGGAUUUGACACAGGAGGUUGAACGCCUUCGACGCAAAUUAAAAGACAUGAAAGUGGUAGAGGGUGAUUUACUAAGAGCAGAGGAGCUUGAAUCACUGGAGAAAAGAUUCUCUAAUGAACAAGAAAAAGCUAAAGCCUUGACGGAGGAGCUGGAAAUAUCCAGAAAAGAGCUUUCAAUGUAUCAACUGGCUGAAAAGAAAGAGUGUAGUCAAGAGCAUGUUCUUUAUAAGCGCUUGAAGGAGGAGGAAGCCAAAUCCAGUCAUUUGACCAGAGAGGUGGCAGCUCUAAAAGAGAAGAUCCAUGAAUACAUGGGGACAGAGGACUCGAUUUGCCGAGUGAAAACUGAUCACUCCACACUGCAGAGAAAGCUGACCCAACAGGAGGUCAGAAACAAAGAGCUGGCCAGAGAAAUGGACACGCUCACUCGAGAGCUUGAAAGAUACAGACGAUUCAGCAAAAGCCUUCGCCCAGGCAUGAAUGGAAGGCGUUUCUCAGACCUGCACGCGUCGUCCAAAGAGGUGCAGACAGAGCCGGUCGAUCUCAUGUCCCCCAAUUGCAAGGCGGUGGCACCGCUGGAGCGUGCUGUGGUGAACGGGAAGCUGUACGACGAGAACGACCCUGAAGAUAACGCAAACUACAGCAAUGAGCUUCAGCUCAGCCAAUGCAGCCCUUCGCUCAUCAAUAACGUCAAUAAUCUUAACAACAACUUGAGACGAGUGCGAGACAGUUUCCUUAAAAACAAAGACACGCCCCAUCAGGUGAAUGGCAAAAUGCAACCGCGACAGAAUGCCAACAACGUGCAGCCUGGUGACGUGGUGUUGACCCACAGUCCGGGUCAGCCUCUGCACAUCAAAGUGACCCCGGACCACGGACAAAACACAGCGAUGCUAGAGAUUACCAGUCCAACCACAGAAAACACACAGUCAUUCACCAGCACGGCCGUCAUCCCCACUAGUGGAGGUCCACCAAAGCAGAGAAUCACCAUCAUACAGAACGCUUCCAUAUCCCCUAAUGGGAAAUGUGUUUCCCCAACAACUAAAUCCAAGUCUUCUCCAACGUCGGACGAGCCGUGUUCACCAGACAGGGCUCUGUCACCUUUCACCUUGGCUACGUACUCCAGAGCCAUGACCCCGGACUCUGCUGGCUCUGUAACACCAGACCGAGCCAUGUCACCCAUACAAAUUGUAUCGGUGACGACGGGCACGCCUGACCGCUCCCUCUCUACGGAUCAGGUGGAGGUUGUCGGAGGGCACGCCAUCUUUCGCGUGACCCCAGAAAGGCAGAGCAGCUGGCAAGUCCAGAGAUCCAACAGCUCAGGGCCAAACGUCAUCACCACUGAGGACAACAAAAUCCACAUUCACCUCGGGAGCCCGUUCAUUCAGAGCAUCAGCACUCCGACGCAAACGCUGAGUCCGUGCCACACUCCUGGUCUGCAGGAGCAAAGGACUCAGGUGCUUGCGAACUGUAGCACUCCUGCUGCUAAAGGCAACAGCAAAAUCACAAGCAGCAUCAUGAUUAAGCCCACAUCUACCCCAAUCCAAAGGCCAUCACAAAUUACAAUACCUCUUGAAGCAUUCCGACGUCCAGGACCGACAAGAAUCCCCAAACCGAAGGGUUACAGCUCACAGAAAGGCAGUUCCAGUUCAACAGCAAACCUGGGACUGCACAGCAAGACUCAGCCACUGCAGGCUCAUGCAGCUGCCGGGAGAGAGCAGCCUACACCGCACAACAACAACCCAAAUCUCAGCAACCGCAGACUCUGAUGUAGUUCUUUUACACCAAAAAGCCUCCUCCUUAUUAAUGUAAUAAAAUAGAAUAUCUAGGCUACGUUUUGGCAUAAAGACUACCUGUUCCACUUGAACCAAAUCUUCUGUGGUGCUCUAAAGGCUGCAAAAUGCAGAUGUCUUCUUGUGUCAGUACUUGUUCAGUGUGCACACCCUGUAUGAAACCAUUAGUAGUUCAACAAUAGGUUUAUUUAACAACCCACUAAAUAAUGAGAGGUAAUUAUUGACUUUGGACAUCGCCGCGAUCACCAUCAAUGAAACAGAAACAGAAAAAUGUGUUAUAUGAAAAUAUUGUUUAAUAAAAUGUGAUGUAUAUUUGUACUGUGAGUAUUUGUAUUCAUCACCAAAGACAGUGUCUGUUGUGAGAUACAGAUAAUGAAAUGACCAUUUAUCCAUUUGUAGGAAUGGGGCACAUAGAUGUUUGUUGUUUUUUUUUGUUUAUUAGUAGCACUAAUGUACAUACGUGUAUAACUUGUAAUGCAGUUAAUUCGUAGCAAUUAUCUAAAAAUGCGACAUUUAUGUUAUUUUUGGUUAUUAAUAAAGACCUUUUGUAC